CUUAUGAGUUAAGUAUUCAAAUAAUCAUACACAGUUUGGAAGAUUUACGUUUGCAUAUGAAUCCAAUUAUUUUUUACCCAGAGAAUUAUGACUAAGGUCGCUGUUUUAGGAGCAGGAAUAAAUGGUUUAACUUGUGCUGUGAAAAUCAAAGAAAAAUAUCCAAAUGUUAACGUGGUUAUAAUAUCAUCGGAGUUCACGCCGAACACAACGGGAGACGGCUCCGGAGGCUUCUGGUAUCCUUACCACUGCGGGAACACACCACAGGAACUUUUAUGCAAAUGGGGCGGGGAGACGUACAAGUACCUGCUGAGAUUAUGGCAGGAGGGCGGUUAUGACGUCAGUCUGCUGCCCAUGUACGAACUGUACAGAGAACCAACCGAGCUGCGCGUCAAUCUCUGGGCGAGUCAAGUGUACGGUUACAACAUCCUUGACAAAAAGCAGCUGGACUACUUGAGUGGAUUGUACACAGUGAAAUAUGUAGCCGGUCGUACUUUUACGACAUUCAUCGUGUACCCGCCGACAAUAUUGGCGCAUUUGUACCAACGAUUCCAGGCAGCCAAUGGACAAACCCUGCAACACAAGAUAGUUUCUCUGAAAGAUAAAAUACUCGAAGAUUUCGACGUGGUAGUGAAUUGCUUGGGACUCGGUGCGAGAGACGUGGUGCCUGACGAUAAAGUGCAUCCCAUUAGAGGGCAGAUAUCACGGGUGUUAGCGCCGUGGGUUACCAAUGCUUUGAUAGACGAAGACUCUGGGAACUACAUAUUACCAAAUGCACACAACUGCAUUUUGGGCGGCACUCAUCAAAGGAACGAUUUCAACAGAGGCAUUGUUGACAAGGACACCGAUUUUGUUCUCAACAGCUGUAAACAACUCAUGCCGGGACUAAAGAACGCAACACUGAUCUCCCACUGGGCAGGCCUGCGCCCCGGCAGAGAGUGCGUGAGGCUGGAGCCUGAACUACGAGACGGCAAACUCUACAUACACAAUUAUGGACAUGGAGGCAGUGGACUGACUUUAUUCUGGGGCUGCGCGACCGACGUUUUGGAAAUAUUCGACAAACACAUGAUCCAGGGACAGAAACAAAACUCCAAACUUUAAGUACAAUGUAUAUUAAACAACGUAUCAAAAUAAUUAUUUUAUCUGCCAUUUACACAUUAUAACAAUAUUAUUAUUAUUAUAUU